AUCACAUCUAGGUCAACAGUCAAGACCCCCGGUCUAAAAUACAGCGUACUAGUCAAGGUCGGCGAUCUGCCGACAAACUGUGACGACUAUACCCGUCACAGAUAACACUUUAUUGAAGGGGAGAGGACGUUCAUUACAGCCUCUCAUAAUAUCGACCUAUACAGGUGGAAAUACUAAAAAUGCGGGGCCCCGGCCCUUUGCUGGUCGUGUGGUUAGCCGCCAUUCUCGUUGCUUCCGCGGGUGCUCGACGCUGUGCCCGUCCCCCAGUUUGGAGGACGGUGAACGGCACGAGCCCCAUGCUGGAAACGGAAGGCAACGUACGUUUGGUGGCUCUACUGAAGGCCAGCUGAGGUUUUUGUGUGAGAGUCGCCAUGACGCUCGAGCGUAUCCGAUCUAGGUUCGAACGCCGUGGCCUAACUGGUUUCGAAUUCAUGAUUGUUAACAUGAAUCUCGAUGAAGCUCAAGAGCAAGUCGAGAAUCUUCGAAACGUCGUGAACGAAGCAGAAAUGCCCAUUUACCAGGAUAACGACCAACUGGAAAUAUGGAAAAAACUUGGAGGAGACAAAGACUAUCUCUACAUUUAUGACGGUUGUGGAAUGCACCGAUAUCUGCUGACAUCUGAUGAUAUCUUAGACCGCGAUCAAAAUUCCAUUAAUAUUCGUCUGAUCAAACGGCGUCUACGUCAGGUGACACGACGCGACCGGUGUGCUAGGCAGUGUCGGCGGUACAGACGCCGCCUCAUGUCCGCGGAGGACAUGGACCGGAUGCAGGGACACCAACCACAUGUCGUGUCAAUGUCUCGUGGAAGAAGUUCCAGCGCAGACGAAAACCGGACACCAACGUGUAUGGAGCGGAAUUGUCGUGGACGAAACACUCCGCAAAGUAGACAUAGAAUGAUCCACCGGAUGUGACGUCACAUGCGGAGACGAGGACUUGUUGGAGAUUCGACACAAUCUUGAUUGUGUCCGCGCAACUUCCGGGACGAAUGUUCGUGUACACGUUAUCGUCAAUCAAGUAGAACGCGUUUCUGCGCAUGCUCUGAAAUCACACCUGCUAUUAGCGUGCGCUGUCUUUGAUAUGACUGUGACGCGUUCGUUGACGGACAUGACGUAGAUAUUCCGCGCGUCCGACCGUCUUGACGACUGUUGACCAGCUGACACUGUGACACUGACGAUCAUUUCCAGUCGGCAACGUGUCAGUGACCGACGGGCCAGUCGACUGACGUCGCCAGGUCGGCGUCAGUCUCCUGAUCUUGUGAGGUGGGCGUCUGCGUAUGACAGGGAACUAACGAGUCGUGUAUGUGACGAUCAACUGACACUGGGACGUCAUGAGAAUGACAUUCGGACGCGACGUCAUGUUUUUGACCUAGCGACGCGUCUCACGGUGACAUGUGACAUUGUCAGACGACGUCUACUGGCGUCAGCGACAACUCUUGACAGUGACACGGACAGGAAAGUGUCGGAAGUAGCGACAGUAUCGUCUGAGACUGACAACACACGACAGGAAACUGUCACUGAAACUGCGAGGUUUCCAGAAAUGGAAACCUUCAGUGUCAAUGACCGAUAGGUCCAACUCCAACCGCAGUUGUUCACUGACGAACCGGAAGUGACACCGGAAGUAGAUGACAUUGACCAACAACCGUAACAACUGGGAAAACCUGAGAAUGCGCUUCACGUCGCAACGGCCAACAAGGUCCUUGCACGUGAGGCACCGACCAGCAGACGUGCAGGUGACAGUCCUUGACGUCUGAUAUGACAUCCGACGUAACAUGACAGUGCGACGGGCAGAACGACACAUCAGAAAUGUGCACGUGACCAAGUCUGUCUGGUCAUCCAGAUGGCACGUGACACUGUCACUCCGUCAGCACGGACUGACAAUGACAGGGUCUGACCACAGACGGAAGCAUCUGACAGGAGACUGGGAUCGUGGGCGCGCCCGUGUGACCUUGACAACAACGAUGACAAUGACCCGUCGCCACGUGACAAUGACGUAGCAGCCGGAACGGGAAGUCGCUUUGACUUUGACAGUCGGCUGGACAGAACUGACAAUGAUCGGGGUCACAUUUACAGUAAACAUUAGAUUUAAAUCACGCAACUAACUUUCCAUUCCGAUGUCUGAAAAAUAUUUUAAAAAUUAACAACAUUGUAAAAAAACUAUACAUGUAAAUAUUGAAAAGAUGCAAGAUUUUUUUCUAUCAAAAAUAUUGAAAGUUACGUAAACAAAAAUAUUGAAAGUUACGUAAACAAAAAUUUUAAAUCGUUAAAACAAAACAUCGUCGCUUCCGGUAACAAUUUGGUAACUUGGUAAGGGCAUUCAAUGAGUAGACUAAAUGUACCCCCUGCAACUGACCGAAACAAGACAUAUAUACAUUUAUAUCUGUAUCCGUAGUCUCAAGGACGACUUGACCAUACAGUGGAUAGCCUAAAUGACGGCAUUUGGACAAAACCCAAAAGGUAUCCAAUGCUCAGAUAACCCGGCUGACCAGAUGGCCAAAGCUCUGAUCUGACAUUACUGAUAUCACUAAAGAAAUGGACCAUCUUACGACAAUUAAAAUAGUACUGUCGUAGACAGUGUAAUAGAUGUGAGCGUGGAAGGAAGUGUUAGAGUGCUUGCUGCUAAGAAUGAUGUACAAUUGUUUGUUGAAAUUUGUUAUAUUAACAACAAAAUAUGUUUGAAAACAAAUAUAAUAAAUCAAAUAUAAGGUUGGUUGUCGCUUUAGAAAUGUCCGUCAGUAGCCAAAAAUAUCAAGAAGAUAAAAAUUUAUGGGUAUUCCCCAGUGACGUCACUGACCAAAAAUAUCAAUAAGAUAAACUUUAUGGGUAUUCCUCAGUGACGUCACAGGCCAUGGGUAUUCCUCAGUGACGUCACAGGCCAUGGGUAUUCCUCAGUGCCGCCACAGGCCAUGGGUAUUCCUCAGUGACGUCACAGGCCAUGGGUAUUCCUCAGUGCCGCCACAGGCCAUGGGUAUUUCUCAGUGACGUCACAGGCCAUGGGUAUUCCUCAGUGACGCACGUGUAUAAAAGUCGACCAAAACCCCAUCUUCAAAGACCGGGGUCCAAAACCUGUGGUACCGAUUAUUGUAUAUGUUUGAUUUAUUAUAAUAGUUUUAAAUUGUUGUAAAAUUAUAAAAACAGGUUAGCCACAAAUAAAGCACAUGCAAAACGUGUUCGAAAAAAUCAAGAGACGUUUAUUUAAAAUUUAUCUAUUUUUUUUUUAACAAUUGACUUUCCAAAAGUGGAAGUUUUAACCGGAUGGAGAUUCCCACCCCUAAAUCAUUCGGUUUGGAAAAUGUGACGACGCCUUUUUGUUUUGCGCAUGUUUUGUUUGUGACUUUCCCUCAUCAAGCCUCUGUGUUCACUGUAAGAAUGAUUGUGUAUAAGAAAGUUAUAUUAUUUUAUAUAGAGUUCUAGUUCGUGAAAGCCUGUGUGAGAGUGUAUGAGAGAUGUUACAGUCGGUAUGAUACACCACACGGCUCUGUGACGACCCGCUAUAAAGCUAGGGAUAGAAGUAGUGGAGUCUGAGAGAUUUAGUCGACUGUGUAUCAUAACGACUACACGGUGUAUGGACAAAAACGCUUCCUUCCUUGUUCAAUAGCAAUGCUUAUGUAAAAACAUUAUAUAAUAAAUAUGAUACAAUACAUAUAAAAAUGU